UGGUUGAUUCAAUCUGUCGCGUCCUUUUUCAAAUUUUUGUUACGUUAUACCUUGAGCUGAAGAUUUCUUUCCAUUUACAAAACGUAAACAGUCCUGUCAACAACGAGUGGUUUACACCGAGAGAGAGGAACUAUAGAUUGAAAUCCCUUUACAAUAAAGGGUCAACCGAGAUGUUAAGCGUCGGUGUGAAGGCUCUUCUCAGCUGGGUCAACAGUGUCAGCCCCUCUGAUGGAGAAGUGACCAUAAAUGAUUUACAGGAUGGGGUGGUCCUGGUCAAACUUAUUAAUAUGCUGAGAAAGGAACCCGUCUCCAGCCUCAGUGACUCCUUUGAGGAUCGAUACAAACUCAUUGCAGACUUUUUGGAAAAAGACUGCAGAUUUUGUUCCACUGAAGGUACUGACAUAUCUUGGACCAAUAUAAGAAAUGGCAAAAAUCUAAGUGUCGAACUCGCAAAGGUGCUUCUGGUGCUUGUGUACCACAAUAUGAUGAAUGAUUGCUGCACUCUACACGUGUUGGAAAGUGAUGUGGAAAGAGAACUGGCAUACCUUACAUGCUCUUUUGUGAUGGAGAAGGAAGGCUCAGUUUACCUGAGUGACAGCCUGGAUGGCUACUUGGCACGAAAAUAUAUUCCAGCCUUCCAUAAGAUGUCGAAUGAAUCCGCCACCACCUCCUCCACCACCCCCUCCUCCACCACCACCUUCUCAGAUGAUGACUCUCCUGUUUUUCAGCGCAGACAGAAAAUCACUUUUGUUGAUAUGGAAACUGUAGCAUCUUCUUCAGUCAGCAAGUCUCCUUUGGCUGAAAUCAUGAACACACCCAAAUUUCAGAUGAGGAAAAUGAAGAGACAGUUGUUGAAAGAGAGGGAGUACAGAGAUGAUUUGACCAAAGAGCUGUCCGCCAAGAUUUCCCUCGUCGCGCUUAGAGAGUCUCAAAUCAGUCAACUGCAGUAUCGCCUGGAUAAGCUGAAAGAGGAGCAGAGUGAAGAGGAGGCGGCCAUCAGGAAACAAAUCAGCGACCUUGAGACCAAGAACAACAUAUUGCAAACGCGUCUUAACGAAAUGCUUAAGGAAAACAAGGAGCUCAAAUUAACCUCGUCUCAAACGGAGAGAAAAGUGGAUGAGCUUGCAGAGGAAAACGGUUCACUCUCUUCUCAGAUGAGAGCUGUGUGUUCACAGCUGGCCCUGUUUAAGGAGGAGGUUGGUAGACUCACAGAGAGUCAAGCUGCUGCUGACGAGGAAUGGAAAACCAAAACCAAGCAGCUGGAGGCGGAGCUCAACCAAGCGACGGCCCAGAAGGAGCUUCUGUCUGAACAAGGUCAGAUCCUCCAGGGGAAGAUCUCCUGCUUGGAGGAAGAACUGAGAAGAGUUGGCAAGGAGGUUGUUGGUGAAAACAUGGGUCCAGUCAUGGAGAUUUGCCAAAGAGAAGACUUGGAGAUGGAGAUCCAGCGUCUCAAAAAUGAGCUUGAGAGCUCUCUUUGCUCCAUUCAAAAAGCUGAAGAAGAAAUUCAGACCAAAAACCUCAAGAUGGUUGAGUAUCAGCAAGAAAUGCUACAUCAUAAGGAGCUCCUUGAGCAACACAAGAACCACACCGAUAAGCUGAUUCAAGCAAAGGAGGAAACGAUGGACCAAUUGAAACGGGACAUGGUCAAACAGAGCGAGGUUCUUCACCAACAGAUUCAGGAACUGGAGCUUCGCUUGGAGUCGGUGGAGCGUCAGAAAGCCCAGCAGAUGAGCAGACUCCAGCAGGACAUCGCUGCCCUCCAACAUGAAAUAGAGACACUAAAGGAGAAGCAGAAAGAGAAAGAUGAUCUUCUGCGUCAAACCGAAGACAACGUGAAGGAUCUUGAGGGAAAACUGUCUGACGCUUCGUCUCUGUUAUCUGAGACUGAGCAAAACAUUAAAAACCUCUCAGAGGAAAUUGAGCAUCUAAUAGAUGAGAAGAAAAGAAGUGGAGAAGAAAUUCAGUCCAGAGAAGAAGCGUACACCAAACUUCUUCAAGAGAAGUCUGAAGAGCAAGAUGUUCUUAAUGACAAAAUCCAGGCUUUGACGGCACGCCUGGAAAUCCUCGGAUCAUCUCUCAGGCAGGCCGAGCAGGAAGUUCAACUCAAGGAAGACCUCGUGGCUAAAACACAGCAAGCACAUUCUCAACAAAGGUGUGAAUUUGAGGAGCAGAUCUCACGGUGUGAGGAGGAGAUCCAAAGACUUAAUGCUGAGGUGCAGGAAAAAAGCCAGUCGCUGGUAGAACUGAGGGAUGCCAGCUCUCAACGGGCAGAAUCUCUGGAACAGGAGAUUGCUGUCCUGCAAGCCCAACUGCAGAGCCUGACGGAUUCCCUCAGGACUGCAGGGGAUCGGGCGGAGGCUCAGGAGGCCAUGCUGGCAAAGCAGCAGCAGGAAAAUGAAAAGCAGGCAGAGCUCCUGCAGCAGCAACGGUCAGCCUCUGAAGAAGAGCUGAAGAACCUAAAGCAGGAGGUGCAAACCAAAGAAGAAGCCAUCAGCUUGUUGAGAAAUCAGAGCUCAGAGCAAGCCGAGCUGCUGAACCAGAAGAUCCACCAUCUGAAGCAGCAAGUUGAGUCUUGUAGUUCCUCACUGAAGCGAGCUGAAGAGAAUUUACAAUCCAAAGAAAAAGUGUUUGCAGAGGAAAAACUGCAAACCGCCAGACAGCUAGUGGAGAUCCAGGCGCAGAUGGUGGCCUCUCAAGAUGAAGUGAAGAGGCUCAAUGUAGAGGUUGAUGCUAAGGAGGAGCAGCUCGUUCAGCUGAGGAUGGAGACUGCCUCACAUGCAGAGUUACUCCACAAGGAGAUCGAAGCUCUGAACGAGCAAAUUCAAAGUGUUAAUAGUUCUCUUAAGGCUGCUGAGGAGCAAGUCAAAGCCAAGGAAGGUCUGAUGGCCAAGCAGGAUGAGGAGAACUCUUUACAGAUUGAAGAACAUAAACGCAAUUGCGCAGCACUUGAAGAGGAGGUGAACGGGCUCAGACGGGACAUUCACACUAAGCAGGAGGAGGUAGAAAUGCUAAAAGCUGAGCGCUCCAAGGAGAAAGAAGCCUUGAUGUCUCUCCAGGAGGAGGUACGAGGUUUGAAUGCCUCACUGAAGUCUUCAGGUGAGCGGGCACAAGUUCAAGAAAAGAUGCUAGCCCAGAAAGAACUCGAGCUCUCUGAAGUAAAAGAAACUUUUGAAGAGAAGGUGAAAACAUCUGAAGAUGAGGUUCAAAGGCUUCUGGAGGUGAUGGCGUUGAAAGAGGACCAACUGGUUACCCUGAAAAAAGAAGAAGAUGCGCGCUCCGAGUUCCUGCAACAAGAAAUCACGUUCCUGAAAAGCCAGAGUGACUCUCUCACAAAAGCUGAGGAAGAAGUUCGGACUCAGCUCGCUAAGGUCACCAAACAGGAGCAAGAACAGGCUCAUCAGGUGGAGAUCCUGCAGCAACAGCUCUCUGCGUCUGAACAGAUGAUGAGAACCAUGAUGCUGGAUGUACAGACAAAAGAAGAAGAGAUGAGCCUGUUGAAAAAUGUCAGUUCUGAACAAGCAGAACUACAACUUCAGGAACUGAACAGCCUACAGGAACAGGUGGAGGGUCUUAGAUCUUCACUCAAGACAGCUGAGGAGAGUUUGCGGUCCAAAGAAGACGCCUUAGUGGAGCAGAGAGAAUACAGCACGCAUCAGAUCGAGACACAUAAAGAAGAAGCGAGGAGACUGAAGGCGGAGGUGAACCAAAAAGAGGAGCAGUUGGCUCAGCUGAAGACCAAGGCCGCCGCACACAAGGAUUCACUUCAGCAGGAGAUUGAAGCUCUGAAAAUGCAAAUGAGGACAAUUUCGAAUUCUCUAGAGAUUGCUGAAGAGCAGGUCAAAGCCAAAGAAGAUCUCAUGGCCGAGCAGCAGGAGGGAUACAUGCUGAAGAUUCAAGAACUAAACAAGAACUGUGCAGGUCUGGAGGAGGAAGUGAAAGAGCUGGAAGGGUGCCUUCAGACCAGAGAGGCUGAGGUAGAAAGAUUAAAAGCUGAGAACUCCAAGGUGUCUGAAGUUCUGAACUCUGAGAUCCAAACUCUCAGGGAGGAGAAGCAGAAGCUGAGCGAGACGCUUGAAGCUGCAGAGGAGCAUGUUCGGAGCAAAGAAAAGCUGCUGGUGCAGCUGGAGAAGGAACUUUCCCAAAAAGAGCAGACGCUUCAGGACAUGAUGACCACCUCCAAAGAGAAGAUCAGGAGACUUUUGGAGCAAAUGAAUGAGAGGGAGGAACAAAUGGUCUGUUUAAAAGAAGAAGAAGCCAAACAGUCUGACGUUCUUCAGGAGGAAAUCAGGAGUCUAAAAAUCCAAUUAAGUGACACGAGUAAGAGCCUAAGGCAGGCCGAGGAACAGAUCCAGAGUCAGCUAGUGAUGCUAACCAGACAGGAACAGGACAGAAACCAUCAGGUGGAGCUUCUGCAGCAACACCUGUCUGCUUCAGAACAGGAAGUGAGAAAUGCUAGAAACGAGCUCCAAGUCAAAGAAAACCAGAUGUUCCUGCUAAAGACGGAAAACUCCGAGCAGACCAGCAUUUUGCAGCAGCAGACAGAAGCCCUUCAACUCCAGAUCCAGAACCUUAAAGGAAGAAUGGCGGCCAUGUCUGAACAACUUCAGGCUAAAGAGGAGAAACUGCAUGAAACCCAGCAGGAGUCUGUGCAGCAGAUGAACCUGCUCCAGCAGCAGCUCGUCUCUGCAAAUGCUGAGCUGACACAACACAAAGAAACGCUUGCUGCAAACCUCAAGAUAAGAGAGGAGAUUCAGGAGCUCAGAGUUUCCACCCUAAGGGAGAAGGAGGUCUUCAUUCAAGAAAAAGAAACACUCAUAGCCCAAAUACUCCAGGUGGAGAAGGAUAAGAAAGCGCUGGAAAAGGAGGUCCAAGCAGUUGUCCUAGAAAAGGAGAGGCUUGCUCAAACCAACCAGGCCAUAGAAAGACAGAACGUUGCAUCUCGUAAACUGGAGUCUCUGCAGCAGCAAGAAAUCCAAAUGUUGAAAACGGAAAGAGACAGGCUUUUGAAAGCGAAAGAAAAGAUGGAAGAAAGUGAGAAGAUCAAGAGAGACCUGCAGGAGCAGCUUGCUGCUAAAGCAGAGGCUGCAGAACACUUCAAGGCUCAGAUGGAGAAAGCUGUGAGUCAUUACAAUGGAAAGAAGCAGCUCCUUCAGAAGAACCAAGAAGAAAUGAUGGAGCUGAAACAUUCCCUGGAGGUGAAAGAGCAGGAGGUGAAGGCCAUGCUGAUGGAGAAAAAGCUGCUUCAGCUGGAUUUGGACAAAGUUCAAAGCAACGAGAAGAAGCUGAAGAGUGCGGUGGCCAGUUUGGAGGCACAGCUGGCCAUUGCCGACCAAAACCUGCGAACACAGAGCAAGAUUCAUGGUGGUAGCUCGGAGUCCUGCCUUUCAGGGGUUUCUGGUUCACGCUUCGGUGUUUGCACCAGAGCACAGGUGAAGAAAUCCAUAAGCUCUGACAGCCUGGAGCAGAGCUCCCUGGAGGACUCCCUGAACUCCACAAGGAAGCCGUCUAUUGACUCCAGCACACCACUUGUUCGAACUUCAGAACGUUUGGCUGCCAAGCGCAGUGGUCCGUACGCCGAGUCCCUGGAAACACUGUAUUUUACACCCAUCAAUGCCAGACAGGCAAAAAGAACCGGAGCAGAGUUCGACGAGGAGCUGGACUCUGCUCGGAAAAAUCCAACUUCAUCUGUCAAACGGCGCAGAACCACGCAGGUUAUAAACAUCACUUUGACUAAGAGAACUCCUGGCUGUAAUGAGGAAGAGGAGACCUUCUACAGCCUUCCUUCUGCUCGCUCCCAGCCGAACCUCGCUUCUUUUCCCUCUGGGUCCACUUCUGAUGCCCCGGCUGGUCAGACCAGCACUGCCAGUGACCGGCUCAUCGGCCUUCCAGGGUACAGACGGAGCACAAUCCACUCUCACACUGCAAGUACGUUCUGUGUGGGAGCAGAGAACGAACCCGAUGGUGGACCUGAAGACUGGCUAAGAAUUGCAGAACUUCAGGCCAGGAAUAAGGCCUGUCUGCCUCAUCUGAAGAGCAGCUACCCUAUUGAGUCUGAGACUGGCUGCAGUGGAGGGUUGGUUUUCACAGACCAGGACCUGCGGCUGGGCGACCCGUCCGACACCAUCAGGCGGGCAUCCAUGAUGCCAGGCCAGCUGCAGGACUCCCUCGUCUCCCAUCGGCAGUCGUUGAUGUCGGGUCAGAUGGGGGCUGCUGCCGGUACCCGUUCCCACCGCCUGUCCCUGAUGCCGGGCCAACUCCCAUCCAAAAACGUCAGCUGCGCUCAGAUGAAAAGCCCAAAAAAUUCCAAGCAGUCCUCAUCCUCUCUGUCUGCUCAUUUGACCUCACCAGAGAGAAAAGGCCGAGCCAGCUGCUUUCCUCGACCUCUUACUCCUAAGAACAAGAACAUCCUCGGAGGACCUUCCAGUGCGCUUCUUCAACCUGCUCUCAGUCCUGCUGACAGAAGACAGUCCAUGAUGUUCACAAUUGACAACACCCCCAAAAACAGCAGCUACUUGAAGAAGGGGCUGACCAAACUCCGCAAUUCCACCCGCAAAUCUCCAAGCACGGCUUCUAGAAAGACACUUGCUAAAACCAGUGCACCCAAGGGUCAAGAAAACACGCCGCGGAGGAAAGCGAGGGACGGAGCCGGCAAGGCCGACGGUUUUAAAACGCCCCAAGUAAAAGGAAAACCUGCCCAGGCUCCCGGCAGAUCUGCAAAGUCGCCCGGAAUUACAGCCAGUGCUCGAAAGAAACGUCCUUUAAAGGCAGAAACGUUGCUGAAAGCUAUAGCAGAUGAUGAGAAAGAUGAAGGUUUAGGAACUCCUUCAAAGACUGGAGCUUCAAGUAAAACCUGAGGAUUUUUUUUAUUUUUUAUCACUUUGUGUUAUCCUUUUUUUUUUCUUGUUGAUCGCAUUGAUCACGAAUUGUGAUAUGUUCACAUAUGUUUAAAAAUAAAGUCAACAAAAUGUU